AUGAAGUUCGCUACCAUCAUUCCUUUCAUCUCCGCCGUCUCGGCCUCUUGCCUUCAUGGUACCUCCCUGAUGCCCCGUGCUGCUGAUGGCACUAUGGAUAUCAACUCUUUCAACUACACUGGCCUUGGUGGUCCUCUGAACUGGUACGGCCUGGACAAGAGCUCCAACAGCGCCUGUGCCAGCGGCAAGCACCAGUCCCCCAUCAACAUCGAAACCGAUGAUAUUUCAUACGCCAGUGCCAGCUCUGUCCACUUCCAUGUCCCUAAGGUCGACAGUGCCAAGUUCGAGAACCUUGGCUCUGGUCUCGAGGUCGUCCUGACCAACGGUACCCUGAUUGCCAACAAUGCCACAUACACCCUGGCCCAGUUCCACUUCCACACUCCCAGCGAGCACCGCAUCAACGAGGAGCACUUCCCUAUGGAGGUCCACUUUGUCUUCGAGACUGCCGCGAGCCAAAUUGCUGUUGUUGGCUUCGUCUUCGAGCUGUCCCAGUUCGGUUACUCUACUCCCCUUUUCGACUCCGUCUUCGCUCACAUCGAUGACAUCGCCAUCCCUGGCACUUACACCAUGACCGAUGCCCUGGACUUCUCCGGUCUGACCCAGCACCUUAACAGCCACGGUAUCUACCAGUACACCGGCUCCCUGACCACUCCUCCCUGCUCCGAGAAUGUUGCCUGGUUCCUCAGCACCGAGCCCAUUGUUCUCAAUGUCCAGAGCUACAACGCUGUCAAGCACGUUCUGAAGUACAACGCCCGCUACACCCAGAACACCCUGGGCCAGAACAACCUGCUCGAGGUUGCUGCCUCUAACUUCAACUAA